GUAUUAAAUGUAUUUUAAACUAAAAGUGUUACUAUUAAGGUCACAUAGUUCAAGAUAGAGAUGCAGAACACAGUCUUAUCUCUCUAACCAAAUGAGAGAUGCCUCGCAAUUAAGGACAGUCACUAUUCCAUAACACUGACUAAUGAGAGUCACUCGCGUAUUUAUCCAUAGGCUGAGAGAAAACGAAAUAUAUUAUUAAUGCAAUGGUGGUUUUAUGCCUGACUCUGCAUUUUAUUUCUUUGCAUUUCUCAAGAAUAGAUAUGUGUAUUACAAGGAGAUUGUGAGCUGUAAUAUGUAAAUGAAACAGUAAGGUUGUUGUUGUUCUCAAAACCAGCAGUCCUUUCCCAAGAUUAACCCUCAUUUGAGCAUGCAACCACCCUAUUAUAGACACAAACCAUUUUUAUUGAAGUUGUGUGGCUUUUAUUUCAUAGGACAAGGCUUUUGGACUUGUCAUGCGUGUUUUAACAGCUGUGAAAUCUGCUGAAGUAGAGAAAGCUGUCAAAACCCUGGACAAAAAUGAGCAGGAUGUUUUGAUGAAAUACAUUUAUAGAGGAUUUGCUGAGCCUACUGAGGGCUCAAGUGCUGUACUACUCACAUGGCACGAAAAAGUAAGCAAACUCUUAUUCUUUGUUAAGACUAAGAAAUAAAAAGCAAGCAUACUUGUCUUUUAGCUCAAAAACAGUGUGCUCUUCUCACUCCUCACUGCUAGGGAUUUUUCUCCAGGAGGGAUAUCUCCACCUCAAUGACAGACAUUCCAUACCAAUAACGUCAGUCACAGGGUUCCAAAUCGGUUUUAUGUUUCUCCUGAAAGAUUUUGGCAAAGUUUUGUGUUUUCUGUGAACAAGCUCCAGCAAAACUCAAAUACUUCUUCUAAAGAAGAUUAUAUUCCACCAAUAUUGACUGUUUUGUGAUAGAAUCAUCAUGUUUAUUAUGUUUGACCUUUGUGGCCUGUUGUCUCUUGUCUGUCAUUUGUAAACAGUUGCAAAAACAAUAUAACUACUAUGUUGCCAAUCAGAGCUCCUUACCAGAUUUCGGACAGAUUUCACGUGAUCAGUGUUGAAUUUCCUUCGCUGAGGCACAGGCGUCUUUCCUGGUGAAAUGUCCCUAGCAGCGAGGAGCAAGGAGAGAUGGCUGUUUUCACAGGCUACCUUGUCUUUUGAUAUUCUUGUAGCACUGAGGCUACAUGAACAUCUGGAACCCCAUAACUCUCAGAUAACUUGUGUAAACACUGAUUUUCAUCGUUAGUAUGGUAUGUUUUAGAAGAUAAAGUAAUUUAAUAUCAUCAAAUAUCAUCAGAAGCAGCAUCACAAAUGUUAUUGAUACUUUCCUUUUAUUUCAGGUCCUGGCUUCUGCAGGCCUGGGAUCUAUUGUCCGUGUUCUAACUGACAGAAAAACUGUGUAGAUGAGAAAGUGGAUUUUAUUACAGAAACAACUAUUGCUUUAAAAUAACGUUUGAAUAUUUUUCAAUUCAAGUUCGUGAACUAUGAUGUAUUAAUUUUCUCAGUUGAUAGUAUUCAUUAAUAAAUUUUCAAAGUUCAUUUGCAACCAUUUUGUAGCCUUUUCAUUGAAGUUACAGUCAAAAUACUUUAACAUAUUUCACUUAUUAGUUUAGAAUCAUGACUUUAAUCAAGGGGUGAUUGCAUUUUAUAUUGUACUGCAUUUAUUCAAUAAAGUGUUCAACCUCAAAUAAGCACCUUCCCUGUUAUGCCUGAUGUAGAAAACUCUGGGUUCUUAUACAUGUAUGUCAGUUUUUACUGUACACCAAGUAUUUUGACUGUAAUUCCUAUCCAGUGCUCAUUUGCAAAAUUUAUACUACUUCAUGAGAAAUUCCUGCAAUUUGAUUGGCUUAGGGCAGUGGUAUUUCAGCUUAAUUUGAAAUACCUACAUGAGAAAAUUACAACCUUUAGCGGGUAGUAGUAUAAACAAAUAAUAGUAUGAUCUGUACGUGAUUUUUGGCAUAAAUACCUCAUGUGACAUUUCGAAAUUGUCUCAAAUUAUUUCACUCGCCUAACAGCUCAUGAAAUUACGUAUAACAAUUUAUUUUGAAAUAUCACUACGUAUAUACUAAUCAUGCUAUUACCUAUACUAACUUGUUAGGUCAAAAUGAGUUGUUUUCACCUUUGAUUUUUAAUAAUAAUAUUAAAGUACAAUAGAGGAUAUUUCAUCAAAAUUAACUGGUUUGAUUGUAAUACUACUGUUUGCAAAAAAUUGGUGACUACUUACAAAGCUACAUAGAAGUUCUUGGGAGUACAAAAGAUGAAAUUACAUGUAACAUAACAAAAUGAACUUGUGAGUUAAAGAUGCAAUUGUCCAUUUACCUAUAAAAUGAGGUAAAGGAAAAAAAAUGAUUGCCUUUCUUCGCUGUUGUAUUUUUGUAAUGCUUUUUUUUCAAUGUAGGAACAUCAGAUUUGAAAAUAAAAGAACACUCACCUUCAUCUUGAAAGAUACGCUUUUAUGAUUUCUCCUGAAUCAAAACUGUGCUUAGAGGUAAUGUUAGGUCCCUCCUUGACUGUUCACAGGCACAGUGUUCUCAAUGCAGUUGUAGGGAACAUAGAGCUAGGGGGUAGGGGUUAGCCUCCCAUGCAGACCUUUUGGCCCAUCAUGCAAUCCCCCCCCCCUCCCCCCAAUGAGUGUGGGGAAAGAAUGUGUGACAAAGCUCUAAGAACGUCUGUUUAGGUAGGAAGCAAAGAGACAAGAAACCAGUCUACACAACACACAUACCCACCCCCUGGGUUCUAAU